AUGAGCCAGGACACGUGCAUUGGACUGGAAACUAUGAUGCCCACUCUUCCUCUACAUCAAAGCGCCAACUCCAGCUCGAACGCUUUGCAAUCACAACACCCGAGCUUUCCAGCAUUCCCAAGGCUUCCCACGGAACUGCAACUGCUGAUCUUCAAGAAUGCAGUGACAGGCUUCAAGCCCAUCGAUCUCAGCAAAAGAGUCAAUCAGAGAUCUCCUGAGAUCACGCAAACCUCAAAACUCUUCCGUACUGAGGGCAGCAAGCUUUACUUCCGCGAGAACACCUUNUUGCUUCCCCUGCCCAGUCGACUCAAACGUACAGAAAAUGUCCAUCUGGAUCAGUGGCUCUGUGACGCCGCGACCACUGAACUGUGCAAGAAGAUGGGAAAGAUUAUCGUCCAGGUUUCGCUCCCGCCGGACAGAUCGAGCCUUGCCAAUCUGCUUCUGCUAGCCACACAUUUCCAGAGCAUGUCCAGCGAAGGAGCCAGAAAGACAAUCAAACUGAAACCCUUCUUCACUGUACCGGCUGAGCUGGAGGCUAUCAUGCCCGUGACUCCAGUAGCCACCGAACUCGAGCGGCAUAUUUCUAGGGCUUUCUGGGGUGUCUCUGAUGGGAGCUUGCAAGAACUUACCAGAGGAACGUACAAGAUUGACCGGGUAGAUGAGGAAGAGAUGGAGAUGAUUUAUGGUGAACCUCUACUCGAGAGAUCUGUAGCCCUCGGGCGGAUAUGCGAAGAGCUGUGGUUAGCCAUCAUGAACGUAUAG